AUGGCUAAUGUCGACCAUGUCCUACAGUCUGACUCAAGUAACGAGAAAUUCCACUUGUACGGCCCACGUUGCUCUCUUGGAUCAUUUGGGAUGGCCAUGCUGGCACAUUUCUCCGAGAUGGUAUCAGUGCACUCGCCUGCGUUUGCCUCUAUCAAGAAGGUCUUGCGAGAGCGAACUAUCCAAGCAGCUCUGGCGGAACCAUGCCUCCUGUAUUCUAUAAUGGGACUGGCGAGCACCCACUUGGCCUAUGCUUUCCCCUCAGAUCCAAAGCAUACCAUGAUAGCUACACGCUUUCGACAUAAGGCCACCCGCCUAUAUCGGCAGCAUCUUGAGCUACCAAUCAGUCGAGAUAACAUGGACAUGCUAAUUACAAGCUGCAUGUUGGUCGGAAUGUUCUCCUUCUCCGCCGAGACGACAUCCCCGCUGGACUCUUGGGUUUUCUCAGACGAUCCGGUCAACAUGAAUUGGCUCUGUGUUCAAUGUGGUCUGCGCUGUCUCCUGGAGAUCACCAAGCCGUGGAUGAAUGAGAGCAUCUGGAAUGAACCGUUUCAAGAAUCGAGCAACUACGAAUAUGCUGAUGACCAUCGAAUGGGUCGGGAAAAUCUCGAUCCCGAUCUUGCCGACUUAUGCGAUAUUACUGAUACCACGACGGAAGAAACAAAUCCCUUCCAUUGGCCUCUUCGUAUGCUGUGCCCAUUACUGCACAUCCCGCGGCAUAAAUGCGGGGAGCCUCGCAUAACAAACUUUAUGGGUCGACUGCUCCCGGGUUUCGUGAAUCUACUCGCUACAAAAGAGCCUCGUGCUCUACUUAUCUUGUCAUACUGGUUAGCGCUGAUGUGUACUUCUGUUGAUGAGUGGUGGGUUGGCCCCCGCGUUAGGCUUGAAUGUCAAGCCAUUUGCAUGUAUCUUGAAGCAUGCGGUGACGGGCGGAUUAUCGAGUUACUUGACUUUCCGGCAAGGGCUUGUGGAUAUAAAUGA